UCCAUUGGUCCAUUCCCAGGCUAAUCAAUGAACAACGGUUGUGUAACCAAUCAGCUGUGUUGACGCAUCUCUGUAGGCGGGCUUCUUUAGCACGCCGGUGUAGCCAUUUUUUUCACGACCGUGAAGCUGCUAACUGAUUGAGGCUUUCUACAACACUGCUUCAAGUAUGGUCAAGAUCUUCAUUGGGAACCUCCCUCGGGAGGCAGACAAGGAUGAAAUUCAGGUGUUGUUCUCCCAGUACGGUGCCGUCACAGAAUGCGCCAUCGUCAAGAAUUUUGCUUUCGUCCACAUGGACGACCGUAAAUCUGCCACCAAAGCCAUCCGCAGCCUGCACCUCUACAAGCUGCAUGGCACGGCGAUAAAUGUCGAGGCUAGUCGCGGGAAGAACCAGGGAGCCGUCAAACUCCACGUGACAAACGUGGAGAAAGGCAACGAUGAUGAGCUCCGCACUUUGUUCGAGGAGUACGGCACAGUCUCUGAAUGUGCUAUUGUCAAAAACUUUGCGUUUGUACACAUGGACAACUCCGACGAGGCUAUGGAUGCCAUCAAGGGAUUAGACAACAUUGAAUUCCAGGGGAAACGUAUCCAUGUUCAGAUAUCAAAGAGCCGUCCCAGGUACGAGGAGGAAGACGACUACCCCCCACCCCCACCUGAGAGGGGGGGGUACUGGCCCCCCCGUGGCUACCCCGGGGAGAGGCAUGAUCCUCCACCCCCUAGCUAUCUAAGAGGUCGUCACCCACCCCCUCAUCACGGGUACCCUGCCCCCCCUCCACCACCCCCUCCCCCUAGACGAGCCCCUUACCCAGAGCGUGCUUAUGAGCGCGAGAGGCAGAGUUAUGCCGUGGUGGAUUACUAUGAGAAAUACAGGGCUCGCCCUGCCCCUUACGGCAUAAUGACCUAUGAUGAGAGGCGUGUAGGCUCCUUACCCCCUCCUCCCCCGCCCCCCUCUUCCAUGGUCAGGGAGCGUUUCAUGACCUCUGGCCUCGAUCCAUAUGAGCGUCGCCCCCUCCCUCCCCCCCCCUCUGCGUACUACGCCAGGGACCGCAGUCCCAUUCGGAGGGCCCCUCCUCCCCCCAUGCCCCCCGCCGGUAACGGUUACUCCUAUGAGCGUUCCCGACUCUCUCCCAUCUCUCGGCCCGCGAUGUACAACCUACCCCGUACCAGAGAGCCCUACGCCGACAGGUUGCCGCCGCCGCCUGCGGCUCGCUAUUACUAAGCAGCGUACACCGGCGUUUGACUCAAGGUUUAAAUAUUUCAACAAGAUCUGCGUCGUCGUCUCCUGAUGCACACAGCAAUUUACCCCCCUCGUCUGGCUGAGCGCGUUUCGUUCUCAGGAGGAAUUGUAAUGCAUGACCUCGUCAUUUAAAACCCUUUUAUUACACUUGUAUUGUUUCCUUAUAUUUUUUGCAUUGUUUUAGUAUUGUGCUUUAGCUAUGUUUUUAGUCUCAGGCUCCCACGAGCCAUUUAGUUGUGCGUUUUUAUUUUACGUUAACAUGAUUUUGUCCUCUUGAUAUACUGUAACGUGUCAUGAUACAAACUUUUUGCUCUAAAAUCUAAUUUCUGAAAUUUAAUGAUUGAAAGCUGCAACACGUUAUUACGAAAAGGAUGUUAAUAAUCGUGAUUGAAUAUGAACACGUGUUUCCUUUGAACAACCAUGCUAGUUUAAAUUUUAAAUCUAUCGUCUGAAAUUAUGCCAAGUUAUGGAUUAUGGAAAGGUAGCGCUCUGCGACAAUGUACAACAGCAUAAUAAACCACUACGAUGGACUAUUUAAAAAAAAAAAAAAAUUGUUAGUUGGACAAAUACUUGCUGAUGGUAGCGAGUUACACUAAGGUGGAUAACGUUCUUAUUUGUAAUCAGGACAUGAUUUUAAUAAAACUGGAUUGUGUAGAAA